AUGCUAGAAUCUCUAUAUGAAGAAGCGGCCGGCCACAGCAUACCCCGAGACGCCACCGCCCGCAGCCUCGCCAAUUCCUUCCUGUCCGGGCUGAAAAGAAAGAGCGAUGAAAAACGCAUCAAAGCUGCCCGUGAACUUUACAGAUUCAUCCAAAAUGAACUGAAAGAUGAGGGAAAUCAUUACGUGAACGAAUUCUUUCAUGCUUUCGAUGCAAGCUCGAAGGACAAAGAGAAAAACGAAUUGCAAGAUUGCCUGCGGGAAAGCUCUGAAAUCGAGGAAAAACGAGCCGGCAUCUUCAUUAUCGUUUGUAUACUCGAAGCGCCGGCCACGGGAGAAGCCUCCAGAGUCAAUCGCUACGCUAACUUGUUGCUUCGAAGUUUGACACAGCCAAACACUGAUGAGCACACGAUGGAGCUGGCCGCCCGCGGGCUCUCUUAUUUGAUACAGACUUCAAAAGUGACUGAGUUAGUCAACAAAUGUAUGGAUCAAUGCCUGGAAUGGUUGGAGGACAACGAGCGACAAGAAAAACGUCGUCUCGCCGCGGCGUUUUUGACACGAGAACUCGCACUCUUCACCCCGACAGCCUUUUUCGCGAGGGCCACAAAUUUCUUCAAAAAUAUAUUUAAAGUGGUGCACGAUGCGAAGCCAAAUCUACGCAUAGCUGCUGUAAAUGCUCUCCAUGCCGCUUUGACGAUCACUUCCCAGCGAGAAGCCCGCCAGAAAACGGAGUGGUAUCGGCUGUUCAUCCCGGCCUACGGUGAAAAGGUGGAGCUGGAGGCACGGAGUCUGAUUGCAUUGAUCAUGCCAGCUGGAAUAAAUCUUAGCCUCUGUCGCGUCAUGAAGCUGGUGGUGGACAAGACGCAAUGUUUGAAGGAGGAGAUCCAGAAGGGAAUGCUCGACCAUAUCAGCCGAAUUCUAGCCCAACAACCAUACGCGGCAAUCGGUGGAAACCCUAAGGCCAGAAUGCCUGCUGGCCCACCCGAGAUAGGCGACCCUGAAUUGACGGUGCUCGCCCUGGACACGUUGGGCAGCUUCAAUUUCCCUCGCGGUGAUCUGCUGACGUUUUUGAAGUACAUAUCGGAGGGCUAUUUGGUGUGCCAAAACAAGGACGUCCGGAUCGCGGCGGUGAAGUGCACGGUCAACAUGAUCAUCCCGUUUAUGAAAGUCUUCCACCGUUGCCAUCGCGAAUAUCGAGGUCAACUCCAGGAGACGAUCAUCGGCGUGCUCACCCGCGUUGUCUCAGUGGGUGUCGUAGAUAGAGACGUGGAAGUGCGACUCUGCGUGCUGGACACGCUUUUUAAUGGCUCUUUCCCGUUGCUGUCGUUGUUGGCCACAGAUCAGAUGCUGACGAUGCUUUUCAUGUGCAUUCAUGAUGAGAAGCCGGAGAUCCAGGUGGCGGCUAUUCGCCUCCUCGGAAGCAUCCGAAUGACCGAGGUGAAUCCAGCUGUCAUCAUACCUCGACUUCGGCGCAUACUGCUCGAAUCGUUGAGCCAGUUGAAAACAAGUGGAAAUGCCAGGCUGGAGCAGCACAGCGCCCGUCUCAUCUGCCAGCUGGCUAGGCAGAACCCCGACUUCAUCAAGGUGUACGUCAGCCCAACCACGGAAGCGCUGCUUUCAAGAUUACGCAUCGAAUCUGUCCAUUCGGAUGUGACGGUGGAGGUGCUGGAUUGUCUGGGCGAGCUGGCGCUCGUCGGCGGCUCGGAAAUGGUUCGAAAUCUUCCCGUCGUCUUCAAAUUCCUGCAUCAAUGCAUCACGGACAGCAGCCAUCGUAGGAGGAGACAGGCUGCACUGAGAGCUAUGUGCCGCAUAGUCCGAACCACCGCCUAUGUCAUGGAGCCGUACAAGGACUACCCAACGCUUCUUGAUGAUCUUUUCCGGCUUUUGAAGGCAAUUUCGCACAUGCGACGGCAAACCAUCCAAGUGCUCGGUGUGCUUGGCGCCCUGGAUCCGUACCUACGGAAGGUGUACCUUGGCGACGUCCCGUCUUCUUCAACCCUCUCAACCGCCCUCUCGAUGCCGUCUACUAGAUUCCAAACGGAUACGAGACAAGAGGUUAUCCAAUGGUUCAACUACGAGAAGUGCACCCUCGAGGAAUUCUACCCGUCGAUCACGCUGGCCAAUCUGAUGUUGAUGGUCCAGGACGAUGCCUACAACGAUCAUUACAAACAGAUCGCCCAGGCGCUGCUCACGAUUUUCCAGGGCAUGAACCAGGAUGAAUACAAGGCCUAUGUCGAACAGGUGCUACCCCGCCUCAUCGAAGUGACGCGGAAGAACCGACAGCUGGAACACCGGAAGUUCUUCAUCUCCCAAAUAGCCCAACUCGUCGACAUUGUCCGGCUCCACGCGAAGAACUACAUGAAGUCCAUCUUUCAAAUGAUUGCUGAAGCCUGGUGCGAAGACCAGUCGAUGAAGCUCACGAUCAUCAGCGCGUUGGAGUUGAUGGGGACGGCGCUGGGGAAGGAUUUCGCUCCGUUCGUCGACGAGCUUAUCCCGUACUUGCUGCGCGUCAUCCAGUCUGAUCGGACGGCCGAACGACGGCUAACUACCAAGGUACUGGCGUGCGUGGGUGCGCUAUCCGGAUGUUUGACGCCGCACCUCCACCUCGUUCUGCCGCCGAUCCUUGCGAUUGUCGACGACUCGAACAGCCUGAUGAACGUGCGGGAAUUGGCGUUGAACACUAUUCUGCAAUUAGCCGAAAGCGAGGACGUCUCCGAAUUUGCGCCCCGCCUGAUGCAAGCCUGGCUACGUGGUGUCGAUGUCGUCUCCCUGCAAAAGCCGCUGCUAAAGCUACUUGUUGUUGUCGCCGGACAGAUGUGGCGCCACUUUGACGUCUAUCGGACGAGCGUCGACAUGGCCCUAUUGAAGCACAACCUGCAAUGCCCCGAGUAUGACCGGUUGACGUUCACGAUGAUGGACCACGAGCUGAAGCAUACUGGCGCGACUCCUGCUGCGAAGGUUGUCGCCGAGCUGCGCAACAACAUCAAGCAGCUCGCCCUGCACUCGAUCUCCUCCUUCAUCGAGGCCCUGAAGCUCGCCAAGGGAUCACGGCUCGAAGACACGCUUCGACUUAUGGCGCUGCUCUUCGACAUCACCGAGACGUUGCCCACCGAGUUGCGUAACGGGCUGAAGAAGUUGCCGCCAGAGAUGUGGCUUGAGGCUGUCCCUCAAUUGAUCGCUCGACUGGAGGCGAAGAACUCGCAGGACACGAGGGAGGCGCGGAAUGCUGGCAUCGUCAAGCAGGUCAUCCUCGACGUCAGCAAGGUGUAUCCGCAGGCCCUCGUCUACCCAAUCACGGUCGCUGCAAAAUCAAGUGGUUCGGAAAAUGGGCUGGAGCUGUUCACGCUAUUUAGUGACAUGUCCCCGAAGCACAACAAGCUGGCCGAAGAGGCGAAGCUGGUCACCGAGGAGCUCGUUCGAUGCGCUAUCCUUUGGCACGAACAGUGGAACGAAGCCCUGGAUGAGGCGAGCCGGCUGUAUUUCCAGGAAAACGACAUCCCCGGUUUCCUGGCAACCCUCGACCCGAUGCACCAAAGGCUGAAGACGGCCCCGAUGACGAUCAAGGAACACUCGUUUGUACAAACCUACUUCGCCGACCUGACGGACGCGCUCAAGUUCUGCAACGCCUACCGCAUUGGCCAAGACCGAAAAGAGCUGGCACAGGCCUGGGAAAUCUACAUCAACGUGUUCAAGCGGAUUCAAGGUCAACUUCGACAACUGACCUCCUUGGACCUGACUUACGUGUCGCCAAAGUUGAAGAAUGCCAAAGAUCUCUCCAUUUCGGUCCCCGGCACCUACGACCCAGCACAAACGGACGAGGACAUUGUCCGCAUCAGCUACGUCGACACCCUGCUGACCGUCAUCAGCAGCAAGCAAAAGCCGAGGAAAAUGCAGAUGAGAGGCAGCAACGGACGGGAUUACAUGUUCCUGCUGAAGGGACACGAAGACCCGCGUCAGGACGAGCGUGUCAUGCAGCUAUUCGGGCUGGUUAACGCCAUGCUAGCGAAAAAUGAAGAAACCGGACGCACGAAUCUUGCCAUUCAGCGCUAUUCCAUCAUUGCCCUCUCGCAAAACUCGGGCCUGAUCGGCUGGGUGCCAAACUGCGACACGCUGCACACCCUCGUCAAGGAGUACCGCGAAAAGAAGAAGAUAUCGCUAUCCGCCGAGCACAAAGAAAUGCAAGCCAACGCGCAAGAUCUGGAGACGUUGCCGCUCGAUCAGAAGGUGCAACUUUUCAACCUGGCCCUCGCAAAGACGAGCGGCGAUGAUUUGCAGAAGAUUUUGUGGCUCAAGAGUCCCAGCUCCGAAGUUUGGUUCGACCGGCGCACGAAUUACACCCGCUCGAUGGCCGUGAUGAGCAUGGUUGGGUACAUUCUGGGGCUUGGCGAUCGCCACCCCUCAAAUCUGAUGCUCGACCGGCUGACGGGCAAGAUUGUGCACAUCGACUUUGGCGACUGCUUCGAGGUGGCCAUGUCCCGGGAGAAGUACCCGGAAAAGAUCCCCUUCCGCUUGACGCGCAUGCUCAUCAAGGCGAUGGAGGUCUGCGGCAUUAAUGGUAACUAUCGUCAUACUUCGGAGCGAGUGCUCGGUCUUUUGCGUGCGAACAAAGAUUCUCUGCUCGCCGUCCUUGAGGCCUUCGUCAAUGACCCGAACAUCAACUGGCGGUUGUUGGAAGUGAACCGGCAACGACGGAACCCCGCCGAGAAGCAGGACAUUUCCAAGAUGGUCAAGGACGAAGGGCUCAGUCAAGAGUCGGCUCGAAAAAUUGUCGAGCGGAUCAAGAGCAAACUCAUCGGGCACGACUUCGAACCGGAGCGCGAGUACAACGUCGUCGAGCAGUUCAACAAGCUCGUCGAAGAGGCCACAAACGCCGAAAAUCUGUGCCAAUGUUACGUGGGAUGGUGCCCGUUCUGG